CCGAACAAAGCCCCGCUGCCGCGCCGGCGCGGAGCCGCCGAGCCCCGGCUGUGUGCGCUGGGCUCGCUCGCCUGCCCGCGGCGGGGGAGUGGCGGCGGGCGGGCCCGGAGAUGGCGCACCGGGCGGAGAUGCGCCGGUGGCGGCCGGAGGAGGGGCCGCGGGGCCUGUAAACGUGGUGCCUGCGGAGCAGGGCGGCUCGGCCGCCUCCUCCCCCCUCAGCUGAGGCCGCGGGAGCGCCGCGGCUCUCUCUUUUGCUUUUGCUUUUUAAAACCACAAAAUGUCUGAAAUUAAGGCAAGGAAAAAAGCUGUUUCUUCAUCGAAGACAAAUGAAGGCUCACAAAAGGUUGAGAAGMACAGUAAUUUUGGGAAGCUGGCAAGUCCCAGGACCAGCAAUAAUUCAUGUUCCUUUUGGAUGGACUCACGGACAAGUUUGAGUGUCAUUUCUCUCACUAUUUGCCUGGUGGUGACCUGGUUUCUAUUUGAGCAGUCCGGUCACUUUGCUGAUCUGGAAAGAAAAUACAAUUUCUUACAGCAGGAAGCUGAAAAAAUCCUGGAUGUGAGAAAUAAAGUAAACUUAAUUUCUGAAAAGCUUCAGUCUUCUGAAAGUAUCCUGCGAGAUGUUGCCUCAUCUGUCUCUGCGAUGACUGAGUUUGGACGAGAAAUACCUUCUCUUCAUAACAUCAUAAGUGAUAUUCAGAACAAUGAACAGACGCUUUCUCUAAAGAUGCAGAGCAUUAAUGAGAAGUUCCAAAAUGUUACAAAUUCCUGGAGAAGAAGCUUGGAUGAAAUGAAMUCAAAUGCCACUGGUUUAAAAUCUGAAGCAAAGUUCAUACAUACAGAUGUUACUUUCAAAAUUAAUGAAGUUGACCAAAGAAUUAAAUCCCUGUCAGAAAGAGUAAGAGAUUUGGAAGGCAGUACAGCCAGAAAUAUUAAAACACUAAAAGAGCAAGAAGAUGAUGAAUUGUCUAGAGUUGAACAAAAGCUGGAUUUGAAUGCAAAGUUGGUUGAAAAGCUAGAAGAAGAACAGAAUAGUCUGGUAGCCAAGGACACAGACCUGAAUCAGAAACUUGCAAACUAUGAACCUAAAAUUGAGGAGUGCAAGUCCCAUUUGCCAACAAUUGAAAACGCUAUUCACUCUAUUCUUAGAUUGUCUAGUGAAUUGCUUGGUAUGGAGAAGAAGAUACAGGACUUGAAGACACAGCUGUACACUGUGGAAAACGACAUGUUGAAAACUGUUUCUGAUACAACAGCGAUGCAGAAGGUUCUUGAAGGCCUGCAGUCCAAUGGCAACUUGUUCCAAAUGCAGCAUGAAAUAGCUGUUCUAGAAACAGUGCCUGACAUAACAGUAUCUUCAAAAGCAAGAGAAACAACUUCAGAAAGCUUUAACUUAAAAAAUGACUAGAAUGGGGACAAGUGAAUUUGGACUUAAGUUUUUUUUUUCAUUGAUGAAAAAGCACUUUUUUAUAAAUAAUGUCAUUUCAACAUAUGUCAAGGAUAGCUGAAAUAUUGUCAUUGAUCGAGAGACGUUGGAUCAGCCUGAAAGGCUGAGAAAAAGGCUGCAGAGCAAGACAGUAAUMCUGUGUUGAAGAAGGAAAGAAAUACUUUCUUAAAUUAAGAAUUAUUUUCAGCUUAUUUAUGAAAAGAUAAUUUUUAUUAAAAAUUAACUUGAAGCACGUUAUUUAGAUUUGAGGGGAAAACAAGGUCAUAUUUUUAAUUUCUAUUUAGUUUUCACUGCUUAGUUUCUUUUGUUGUUACUUUUUGUAUUAUUUUCCAUGGGCUUGUACCACAAUGAACAAUUAAUCACUGAUUUCUCAGUAGAAAUACAUGUACCUUGCCAUUAGUGUAUUGUACACCAUAAUGGUUUUGUGCUGCAGGAAAGCACUGAGCGCAUUUUAAACACCUGAAGCUUAGAUACAAUACCCUUACAGAAGACACUAGUGAAGUACUCCCUGCUCAGACCCUUAUCUUGUCCUGGUAUUUGUAAGCAGCUGGUAUUUACAUAGCAGCUGGUAUACUUAGACUACAUUCCCAGUGUUUUCCAACUUCCUAAAAUCACUGGCAUUGUUUUCUUCUGCCAUUAAUGUCAUUGAACUACACACAGACUGAAGUUCUUACUAAGUUAUUCUUUUUAAAUUCUUCCUCCAUCAUUUAAUUUACAUGUUUGGCAUGAUCAGUCACUGUAUUAGUUUGGGGGGUUGGAGUUUUUUUGUGGGGUUGUUUAGUGCUUUAGGAAYAAAUUUUAACCUUCUGUAGGAUGCUUUUCGUUAGGCAUUACAUGAUGUCUAGUAUUGCUUUGCAUUUCAGAGAAAAACAAAGAUUAACAGUGUGACUGGCACUGUUUCCCAAAGUUUGCUGAACCAAGAGCUGCAAAAGUAAUUAACAAAAUCAGUGGAGUUAUGUUCUUGGGGGCAGGGAAUAUCCAGUAUAUUCAUAGAUCUACUUGCAUGGUAUUUUACUGCCUCAUARGCCUCAUAGCUGUUCAUUGAAAUUUGGACCUCAGGAACAACAUAAAUUCUCUGCAGACUUAUUGUCUUGAUAAUUUUGUAGUUCUCAGGAAAGGAGAUUGCUUAGUAGAAAGAGUAUAAACCCAUAACAUUUAUGACUUAAUCACACUUACAUUAUUCUGUAUUUUUACAUUUACUUCUCUAGAACUCCACUGAAAAAUCUUCACUGAACAGAUAMCAUGGCCUAUUCAAGAGACUAGGAAACCAGUGUUUUUCAAAGUUACAAAGCUGUAUCAGUUUCAUAUAUUUAUUACUUGUGUAUAAGUUCGUGUCUGUUUACAGUCAUAGUCAAAAUAAAAAUAUAUUGUAGGGAAUUUCCCUGUCCUGGUGCAUAAUCUAAUUUAAAAUAAACUGUUCUUCCAGAAAGGGUACAGAGUAAAUAUUUUAGUGUUCCAUGUCCUACUAGGUAAAACUAUUAUGUAAAGAAACUCUUUAAAUACUUCCCACAAGUGUGUUCCAGUUCUUGUGUUUCUGCUUCACAGCUUUUUGGGGCAGGCUGGCUCAGCUGCCAGUGGUAUGUUCCUUAGUUUAAUGUCUUUCAUCAAUCUCAACCCUACUGAAAGCUGAGUAUACAGAAUAUCAAACAUGAAAUCUUCAUCCUUMGAAGGCAUUAAGUAGGAAACAAGCACAACUUUCCACAACCUAAACUUCRUUCUUUUGCUUUUGAGCAAAAAGUUGUGAGCUAUUGAGGGAUGACCAGCACUAUUGAAGAGUUAAAAAUACUUGUUUUCAGAGGUCACCUUUGAAAGUUAUAUAGCACCUUAUUGUAAUUUUUUGUUGUAAUAGAAGAAGCAGUAACAUUUGUUAUGUAUACUGAUAAGAUUUUUUUUUUGGUUGUGUUGCAACACAAGUUUAUUUCCUAGAUAGACGGUUUGUACUUAAAUAUCAGAAUAGUAAGAUAUUUCUUUAAAAUACAGCUUGAAUUUUGACACUGAGUUGUUAAGCUAGAAAUAUUUUUGUAUCC